GGGGGUGGAGGGUGAAGGGGUCUCGCAGUGGAAAGCCUGAAAGGGGUCGAGCCUCUAAAAAAAGCCCCCUUCAGACGCAUCCCCUGACAAGGGGGCAGGGGGUGGUGCGAGUCCAAAAUAAAACGAGCUGCACUCGGCCCCAGCGGGACAGAGGUGAAUGCGUGCGGCUGGAGCUGGUCUCCAAUACUGGGUGGGGUUUUUCUGCUGUUCUGGUUCUAGCGCCCUGCAGGCCAGGGAUUUGAUCAGGCCAAACUGUGGGAUUCUACCUGCUGAUCUUUCUCUGUUUCUGUUGCUUAUCUGCAAGGAUUCGGUCAUGGAGGAGUCAGAGGUCUGCUCUUUGCCUGGGGGACUCGCCGGCGUACGGAAACAGUUUGAGGAAAUCGCAACAGCACAAAGCUCUGUCACCCAGUUCCAGUACCAGCAGAGAACUAUGCAGGAAGUGUCACACUCAUCAGAGGUGACAGUGAAGAGUAACACUAAAGAAAGUGUCCCGCCCCUCAUUCAGGCUCAGAUGCACCAACAUGAAAAGACAGUAUAUAAUCAAGCUGUUGACCAGCAAGUGACCUUCAACUCUGAAAACCAUGUUGAUGGAAAUGCAGAGGAGGUUGAUGAAGAUGAUUUAUCCAGACUCACUGCCAAAGAACUGGCCCAGCAUUUUGAAAAAACCAUUGAAGAGGCAACUCCCAGAAAGCAGAUUAAGAUUGAUCGUGGUGUCAGCAAGUUUAACUGGUUUCCAGAGGUUAACGUGUGCCAUCACAUACCCGACUCUGAGGCUGCUGCCCUACCAUGUGACAACAACACAGCACAAGAGGAGGCCUCUGCCUGUGCCAUCGACUCUGAUGACUUAGACUACCUCCCUCCCCCACCGCCAGACUUACUAGAGGAGCCUUCAGACGUCCCUGAGGACUUGCCUGCGCCCCCUGAGCCUCUGAACUCAAAUGGUCACCAGUGUCCAGUGCACAAGGCCCACCAAGCCAAACAGCGCGAGCUGUUGGAGCUGAAGCGUCUCUGUAAGCACAUCCACCCCGAGGUCAGGAAGACCCUGGAGAAAGAGAUCUACGAGGAGGAGUUCCAGUGCUCUCACCAUCACCACCACCAGCACCACCACCACCACCACUUAGAGACUCACCAGGAUGAAGACGACGAGCAGCAGUACGUGUAUGAGAACAGCGGCAGCAAUGGCAGCCCAGACAGGGAGUACCUGGAGUGGGAUGAGAUCCUCAGGGGUGAGGUGCAGUCCAUGCGCUGGAUGUUUGAGAACAAGCCCCUGGACGCCAUCAAGGACGAAUCGUCCGAUACCGAGGAAGGCAAGAAUAUCAGCCAACAAGAAAUGAUCGCCAGAGGCGACGUGAGACAGACAGCCUGGAUGUUUGAGACUCAGGCUCUGGGUUCUGCUGAACAGAGAAACACAUCCGAGGAAGUUUACAGAGGAGAUGUGCGCACAGCUGCCUGGCUGUUUGAAAACCAGCCACUUGAUAGCCUCAAUCGCAUGCACGUUGGUGAAGAGGAACAAACCAAAGAGGUAGUCUUCUCUGAAGAGGUAGUGAAGGGAGAUGUCAAAUCAGUGAGACAUAUGUUUGAAAACCAGCUCCUGGAUUCUUAUGGUGUCACUGAAACUAUUGAUGAACACCAUCUCUUGACGUUGAAGUCUCGGAACGAGGACAUCCAAGGUGAUGUGAAAAUAACCAUCUGGAAGUUUGAGACUCAGUGCAUGUGUGUGCUCAAAGAGCAGACCGGCGAAACAGUCGAGAUUACCUCUGUUUGUCGACAAGAAACCGAGAAGGGAGACGUCAAGACCACAAGGUGGCUGUUUGAGACUCAGCCACUGGAUAAGAUCAACAGAGACCUUUCCUUUGUUAGACUUGUGUCCGGUGUUUUCAAGGAGGAUUACCAUCAGGAUGACGUCAGCAAAUGCAGAUGGCUGUUUGAAACCAGGAUGUUUGAUGCCAUACAUGAUGAGGAGUGGGAACGUUCCAAAAUUGAGAAGGAAGAAAUUCUUGGAGCUGAUGUACGCAAGCACUGCAUGGUUUUCGAGACACAGUCGAUGGACACCCUAAAAGACAACUCCAAUGCCAGACCUGUGACCACAGAAGACAUUGUUAGAGGUAAUGUGAGGUCUGCCAGACACUUUUUUGAAGCAGCCCCUCAAGAGUAUUUAAAGGAUCUUGCUGAGGUGGGAAAGCUUAAAAAGGCCAUGCAAGCUGAAGAAGAUAAAGGAGACGUCAGACACCAGAAAUGGAAAUUUGAAAAUCAGCCGCUGGAGAAAAUAAAGGAUGAAGAUGUGGAGGUGGGCAAACUCAAGACAGUGGUAGCAUCUGAGGAGGAGAAAGGUGAUGUUCGACACCAGAAAUGGUUGUUUGAAAAUCAGUCGAUUGAGCACAUUAGAGAGGAGCAGAAAGAGCUGGUUCGCACGGUUAACCUAGAGGAGUUCCACUCAGCAUCUGGCUACAAAGGGGAUGUUCGCAAAAACUGUUGGGUAUUUGAAACUCAGCCAAUGGAUACAUUGAAAGAUGAUGCAAAUGAGAGACCGAUGUCCACUGAGGAAAUAGUCAGGGGUGAUGUACGAUCAGCCAAACACUUUUUUGAAACGGCCCCCGCAGAAGACCUCAAGGAACUUGCAGAUGUGGGCAAACUGAAAAAGAUGGUGGCAUCUGAGGAAGAGCGGGGUGAUGUAAGACACCAAAAGUGGAGGUUUGAGAGUCAACCUCUGGAACAAAUCAGAGACGAAGAGAAAGAAUUCACACGUACUGUGAACCUAGAGCAUCUUGAUAAGGGGGAUGUAGCAAAUUACAAGCAAAAGUUUGAAACCUACGACCUAAACAAAUAUGAUGAGACACAUAAGAUCCAAGUGGAGGGAGUAACCUGGGGUGCAGUUCAAUCCAGUAAGGAUCGCUUCGAAGGCAACCUAACAUAUGCUCUGCAGGACAGCUCAGGCCAUUAUCAUGAGGUCAAAACAGUUCGUCGGGAAGAAAUAGUCAAAGGUGAUGUGAGAAGCUGCCAAUGGAUGUUUGAAACACGGCCCAUCGAUCAGUUUGAUGAAAGUGUCACCAAGUUACAAGUCAUUAAGGGCAUAACACAAGAGGAAAUUGAAUCAGGUGAUGUAACAAUGGCUAAAUGGCUAUUUGAAACACAACCUCUUGAUGCAAUUAAAUAUUUCAGCAACAUCGAUGAUGAAGAAUGCGUUACCAAAGAGUCUGAGGACAUUGUGAAGGGUGACGUUAAAACCUGCAAGUGGCUAUUUGAGACUAAACCGAUGGAUGUCCUCUAUGAUAAGGAGGAGAUAAAGAGCGAUGCUCAAGAGGUUCACAAAGGAGAUGUGAAGUCCUGCACGUGGCUCUUCGAAACUCAGGCUCUUGAUGCAAUCAAGGAGGAUUCAGAGAAUGUGCUAAAAGUCUGUACAGUGAGCCAGGAAGAUAUUCAGGGCAAAGAUGUACGGAUGGCUCGCUACCUUUUUGAAACAGAGAAUCUUGAAAACAUCAUAGGAGAGGACAACGAGUCUUUCAAGAAAGUAACUGAAAUUGACAUUCAGUCGGGAGACGUGUCCCAUAUGAAAUACAAAUUUGAGACAUGUGAUGUCAUGACCUCAACUUCUGAGGAAGUCUUCCAGAAGCUUAAAACUGCACAUGCAGAGGACAUCCAGAGAGGAAAUGUUGUGAACCAUAAGUGGUUGUUUGAAAACCAACCCAUUGAUGCUAUAUCUGAGACAGAUGAACAGAGAAAUACCCGCACAGUGACAGAUGUCCAGGGAGGUAAUGUGGAUAAAGGCCGGUUCAUUUUUGAAACAUGCUCUCUGGACAAAAUUCAGGAGGUGUCCUCUGAGUCAGAGAUGACUAAAUUACAGAGAAUUCUGUGCCAGGAAAAUGAGAAAGGUGAUGUUAGGAAUUAUGCCAACAUGUUUGAAACACAGCCAUUAUACGCUAUCCAAGACCAAGAGGGACAAUACCAUGAGGUGACCACGCUCACCAAAGAAGAAGUUCUGAAGGGUGAUGUGGUCGGCGCCAGGUGGCUGUUUGAAACAAAGCCUCUUGAUUCUAUCAGAGACACAGAUGAGGUGUACCUCAUCAAAGCAGUGACUGAGGAAGAUGUUGUAAAAGGUGAUGUUAACUCAGUCAGGUAUAGGUUUGAAACACAACCAAUUGACACCAUUGCUGAAGACAUGAAAGAGAGAACAAAAACUGUGGAGGAUGUCCAAGGAGGGGAUGUGAAAUCAAAUAAAAAACACUUUGAGUCUGAUCUGAUGUCUCAGAACCUGGUGCGAACAGUUAGUAUGAGUGAAAUCCACAAAGGUGAUGUAAGAACUGCCACAUGGAUGUUUGAGACUCACACCAUUGAUAAAAUACAUGGUGAAAACUCUGAUGAUGAGACUGAGGUUGCCGAAAAGGAAGAAGACGUUAAAGGAGAUGUGAGAUCUGCAACAAGGCUUUUUGAAACCACUCCAAUCACUGAUUUCAAUGAGAGAAACCUGGAGAAAACUGAAAUCAUGGGUAAAAGCAUCAAAGAGACCCUUAACGAUCUCUUCAGUCAUAGAAUGGUGGACUCAAAGGGCAUACUCAUCCAGACGGAUGAGAUUGGUGAUGUCAGAAUGGCGAAGUACAACCUGAUGAACAGGGACGCCCCUGAGAUCCAGAAGGAGGAGGUCAUCAGAGGAGAUCUCCAGAGCAUCAUGAUGAACCUCCUGAACAGACGUGAGUCCACAGAGAGUCGCAUCAGGGUGGACACAGACGAGAGGGCUGACAUCAACAGCACAGUCCAGCAGCUGUUCAGUCAAAAGGACAUUAGCGUUGAAAAGGAAGAAAUCAUCAGGGCAGACAUCAACAGCACGGUCCAGCAGCUGUUCAGUCAAAAAGACAUCAGCGUUGAAAAAGAAGAAAUCAUCAGGGGAGACAUUCGAGAGGCCAUCAACAACCUCCUGAAGGAGGAGAGCUCCACCAAAAGUGGUAUUCUGCUCCAGGAGGACGAGAAGGGAGACGUCCAUAUGACCAUCUACUCACUUCUCAACAAGCAGGACGACACCACAGUUGAAAAAGAAGACAUCGUCAAGGGUGAUCUGCAAAGCGCCUUACAGAGACUAUACAGCCCAGAUGAAGGGCGGUUGGUGAAAAUCCAAGUGGAUGAGACAGAAAAGGGCAACGUCCAUUUCUACUCCACCUGCAUCGAGUCAGGAGCAGUGGAUUACCUGAAACAACUCCAAGCAAGUUCAGAAGACCUGUCAAACUGCGUGGAGAAAGAAGACAUAGUUGGAGGCGAUGUCAAAAAUACAAAACUUGUACUGCAAAACAAUCAAAUGCAAAUUGAGCGCACAAUAGACAAAGAUGGCAUCGUUCGAGGAGACAUUCACAACGCUGUCAAAGUUUUCACGACAGAGCCUCGACUCUCUCUGGAGAAACUACAGAAAGAGGAGAUAGUCAGAGGUGAUUUGCAGGCUACUCUUCACUCCCUGACAGAGUCUGUAAACCAAAGAGUGAUGCUGGAGAAAGAGGAAGUAAUAAAAGGUGACAUACCUGCAGCUCUCAGGUGCUUGGAGGAAGCCCAGUAUCAACCCAAAGAUGUGGAAAAACCCGAAAUUGUAGCAGGCAACAUCAAAGGAGCGCUUAAGUCGCUUGAGGAAUCAGCAACCAGCAAAGUUGGAAUUGUAAUUGAAGAUUUAGUGCCUGGAGACAUCAAAGGUGCUUUAAAAUCACUGGAGGAGGCAAAACAAGCUGUGAGAGGGCUUGAGAAGGAGGAGAUUGUUAAGGGGAACAUUCACGUAGCCCUGCAGAGCUUGCAUGAGGCCUCUAACGAGAGAAAAGUUCUUCAUCAAGAAAUUGGUGUCCAGGGAGACGUGAGAGGUGCUAUUCAGCAGUUACUGGAGCAGCCGGCCUCUCCUCAGCCACAGCGGAGGCCAAGCAUUGAAGGUGACGUAAAGAUGUCCAUUAAAUCUCUGUAUGAAAUGCAAGAGCAGGCACAGGAGGAUAAAGAGGAAGUUGUAAAAGGGGAUGUUAAGGGCACAAUAAAAUGUCUGCUGGAAACAGCAGAGCGGGCCAAUACUAAAAUUCAGAGAAAACAGGCAACCAGAAAGGUUAGAUUCCCGAAAGCCCCGCCACAUGAACAGCAUGACAUAUGCUGUACAUGUGCCCUGGAGAAAAUGAAAUCAAAUCCCGCUGUGAAAAAUCUGAAACCUAAAGGCACUACUGAGUCAGAGAGAAAUGCACAGGAGGCCGUCACUGCCCAAUCAACCACUGUCAGCACAGAGAAGUCCCAGACAGGCGAACAGACACAGACAACUCUGGUGGAACAUAACACAAUCACACAGAAACAUGGCAUUAAGACACUGCGGACUGAGUUCCGGAACCUCAAGACAAAUCAAAAGGGAAUGAUCAAGCUGGACAAAACCAAAGUGAAGACAGAAGUCAUACGCGUGCCUCUUACCCCCUCCCCUCCUCCUUCUCUGCCUGAGCUCCCCCUCCCACCCCCACCCACACCCCCAGCACUGCCAGAGUGUGAGCCGUGCCCCACGCCACCUCCUCCUCCUCCUGCUCCUCCUCUCCUCCCAGGCGAUAAUGACCUCCCUCCCCCUCCUACCCCUCCUCCUCCUCCUCUCUCUCCUGCUUCCUCAAAGUUCGAUCUGGACAUGUUACCCCCACCACCUACUCCUCCACCUUCCAUGAUGGAGCUGGAUUUCCUGCCACCUCCUCCCUCUCAGCAGGAGCUUGAGGCCAUGCCAUCCCAGACUCCCAAUACUUCUGUCAAAAAGGCGAAGAAGAUGACAGUCAAAAAGGUCAAAGUCCCUGAACUGUGUAAAGUGCCAAAGCUCGAGCCCAUGGUGCCACUGAUAAAACUUAAAAAGCAGGAGUUGAAGGAGGAACAACAGUCUGUGUCACAUGUGACCUCGACAAGUGUCAAGACAGUGCAGGAGAUCAGUAAAACUGAAAGUCAGAAAAGCAGCACAGUGUCAUCCACAGUCACACACACUUCAGUGGCGACGACUAAGCCAGAGUCACCUCUGCAAACUGCAAACAUUUCAACGGUGAAACUCACCCCACCUCCCUCACCAGCUCCGAAGCGGAAAUCAAAAUCAAAAUCAAAUUUUUCCAAAUUCAAUACCCCCUUAAUUUUGUCCGAGCAAAAAUACAAAAAGGAGACAGAAGAAUUGAAUGCGCCUCCUAGCCUGGCACCAUUUGAAAUUCAGAUGCACGAGUCAGUCAGCUCUGCUCUCGUAAUGCUUUCCACACAGACUCAAAGCACAGAGCAAUCAGAGAAGAGCAUAGCAUUUGAUUUCACUCAUGAGCACGCUGAAAAGACUGUGACCAAAGCUGAAUCAGACACACCAUCACAUGAAUCAUCCAAGCACACCGAGCCGUCAGACGUUCCCUCAAGCAAGCCUUUGAUCUCUGACAUAAAUGAGAAAUCUCCCCCAGAAUCGGCCGUGAUUUCCCCAGCUAAACAGAACAUUAUCUCUAAUCAGACUUCUCUUGCUUCGUCAACAGUGCAACACAAAACCGUCUCAGCUAAAAAGCACAAAACUAUUACCACCAGCAUGCAACAGGUGACCUCGAUGUCCUCCAUGUCUUCGAUGUCCUCCACGUCCUCCAUGUCCUCUGUUCAGUCUGUCUCUGCUGUUGACAGCGCAACUUUGUUGACAGCCUCUGCAAAUGUGUCUACUGAUGCGGAACAGUCUGAAACUGGCCUUAAAAAUGUCACAAAGACCAAAGUGGAGAUCAUAAAAGAUGUUACAAAUCUUCCAAGUAAAUCUCCUAGACCUGGCAGGAAGAAAGUUGACAAUUCCACAGGCAAGGGACAGGCCAAACCCCCCCCUGAUUCAGGCAAAGAAGUCAAAGAAAGUGUGGAUGACAGUGUAACCACUGUAAAACCACAGUCGCUCAAAACAAACGGGCAAAAAGCAAAGAAAUCCAAAAAGGCUGCAAAACAGGAGGUGGCCUCGGAGAAGCCACAGGCUGUAAAUAAGGAUGAUAAGGAGGCACAAGACACAGAGGAGAAAAAAAUCCCCGAGACAAAAGACAAAGAAGUGAAGGAGGCAGAACACACCAGUGAGAAAAAAAUCCCCGAGACAAAAGCAAAAGAUGUCAAGGUGAAGGAGAUGAAUCAAAGGCCGAGUCGCGAGGCCUCUGUCGAAUCCAAAGAUGGCAAAGAGGGCAAUUCAGAGAGCCGUUCGAAAAAGAGGAGGAAGAAGGCAAAGAAGGAUAAAGAGGCCGGCGCACAGCAAACUCCUGCUGCCUCCCCUGCGUUGCCCAGGAAGGCGGUCAGUGAGAAGUCAUCUGAGGUUGUGGUGGUGCAGACACAGCAAGCUGUCCAGCAGGAGCACAUUAUGGUUCACAAAGAGGAGGUGAUUAUCACGGAGAGUAAAGUUGAGCAGAGCAUUCAGCAACAGGCUACAGUCAAGCAUCAAAAACAGGCCAAGAAAAAGAAAGGGGAAACAAGCAUCCAGGCGAGUCAAGAGAAAAAGGAUGAAAGUCGAGAAGUGCCAGUGAGAGUUACAAGCAAGCCAGCACAAAAAGAACCUGCAAUGUCCUGGGCAGAAAUCUCUGAGGCGUCAGACAGACUUGGAGAGGUAGAGAAGUUGCUGGCUUAUAUCAUUGAGCUGCAGGGGACUUUAGGCAAGAUGGACUCAAAAUCUGUGAAGAUGCUGCUUAGUGAAGUUCCUGAGUGGCUGAUGGGACCUGAGGAGAGGGCUAAUUUGGAGCGCGAUGCGGACAAAAAUAAUGGAGAGAAACUCAAGGACACUGUCGCUUAUUUAGAAAAUAUUUUACAAGCCAAAUUUAUAUCUCUACAGGGUAUCCAAGCAACGGUGGAAAAACAUGAAUCUGAACCCACAUCUGAAAAGGGUGCGACACAAAGAGUCUCAGAAAUAACCAUCGGUUCAACUAAAGUGGAAUCUUCCAAAAAGAAGAAGUCUAGGUCACAGACAAAAGAGCUGAACAUAGUUCCGGUAAAAACAAUCGACCCCCGCGCGCCGUCACCUUCCCUGCGCAUGCGUCCUCCCUCGCCCACGUUCAUCACCAUUCAGUCCACUAAGAGAACAGACUCCCCACAGAGAGUGGCCCCCUCACCUCCCCCUCUCUUCAGGGCAGCCACCCCGCCGACGCCACCCCCUCGCAGGUCGGAGACGCCCACGUCACGAGUGAGCAGGGCCACAGCGUCGGCCUCGCCCUCGUCCUCGUCCAACCUCUCCAGAUCGGAGAGUCUCACAAGGCUAAGGGAGGCCACUGCCAAACUCUCCCGCGGAGCCUCCCCAGACCCAGUGCCACACCCUGUGCAGGUCACGCCGAAGAGAGCGGAAGUUGUGGCAUCCCCGGUGUCGUUUCACCGACAGAUCAAAAUCGAGGGGAAGACCCCUGAGGUAGAGAAGGCCCCUGAGGUCAAGAAAGCUCCUGAGGUAGAGAAGAUCCAGGUGGUAGAGAAGAUCCCUGAGGUAGAGAGGAUCCUGGUGGAGCCUUCAGAGUCCCCAGAGGGGGCAGAUGAGCUAAUGGAGACAGUGUCAGUGAGAGACAAGAGGGAAUUCUUUGAAGAGGCACGCAGAGCAGAGAGAAACAAGACUUACGUGCGAAAGGAUCCCAUCGACAUCCCUGAGCGUUUGGGCCCCGACAACGAGGAGCCAGAGACCGAGAAAGAAAAAGAGGAACUCCCCAGAGUUGACCUCUCUGGCCUCCUUAACAAAUUUGAGGCCCCUGAGGAGAAAGUGUAUAGGAGAAAAGACCCCAUCCACAUACCAGAGAGGCUGGGUAGCGAGAUGGAAGAUGUGGAGACUGAAGCAGAGAAACAAGCCACUCAACAGGAGGAGAUGCCGGCGUUCGACAUCAAGACUAUUAAAAAUGUUUUUGAAAUGAGUGAGCAAAGCCUCCCUGUCAAAGAGGAAGAAAACCAACAGGAGGAGCUGGAUGCCGAAGUGAAGGAAAUCACAUCGGAGGCUUCAAAGGAGGAAGACUCCCGCGAGACGAAGCCCAGCUCCCAGCUGAACCUGCCUCUGCCUCCACACAAACAAGAGCUAACAGAGAAGUCGGUUGACCCAGUAGGGUUUUCCGAAACAAAAACAACCUCAGAGCAAUACUCUGGCAUGGACGAAUUUGGCAACAGGAUAACCGGAUCAAAAACCGUAACCUCGGUCUCCCAGCGCUCCAAGAGUGUCAGCGUGGCGCCGCACGUGCCGUUCUCGUACGCCGACGCCGUGAGGAAGAAGGCCUCAGAGGCCGCUCAGGCUGCGGCUGCGGCUGAAGCCGCCAAGACUGCGGCCGACGUCUCCACGGACGAGCUGCUGAAGAACUUCCAGGAGACGUGGAGUGAGAGUGAGAUCGUGUUUAAGAGUCUCGGCUACAGCGUCUCUGGGGAGUCGACUUCACAGAUUACAACAAAGCAGAAGAAGACUGAUACGAGUUCCAAAGUCAGAGCUGUGCACGGUGUGUCGAAGAAGGGUGUUUCCAAUGGAGUCUCUAAUCGCAGACAAAAAGAACUUCCAUAAAUCCUGUUUCUCCUGCGAGCACUGCAGGAGUAAAUUAAGCCUUGGCAACUACGUUUCUCUCCAUGGACAUUUGUACUGCCCCCCACACUUCAAACAGCUCUUCAAGACCAAAGGAUAUCUUGAUGAAGGAUUUGGACAAAAUUAUCUACUGGAUUUGAACAGCUCACGACACCAACUUCAUAAAACAGACAGCACCAGCAUUAUUGUCCCCACUGAGAGAGCAAAGUGGAGAUACUCACAGAGCAGUGUCUAUUUGACAGACAGAGAGAGUCUCAUCGCCACCACUGACAAAGAAACAGUCAAACCAGCGGGAAAAACAAGUCACAAUGCCAGCAAAAUAUCCCUGACAUGGCCCCCAGAAAAAGACUCCCCCCAAAUAUCUUUAUUUGUAGACCCAGACAUAAAAGUUGUCAAGCCAGACUGGCCCCCCAAAAGUGAGGCACCCAAGUCUCCCAAAUGUCACGAAAGAACAGCAAUCACAAUAAGCUAGGGACACAGGCAGGCACAGAGGCAAAACCAGCAUAUUUCAGAAUUCACAAAACAAAAUGGUCUGCAUUAACCUUCUGCUGAGAGAUUUUAGAGUUGUUGUAUAUAGUAAGUAAAUGUAUGCUGAAGGCCUGGUGAGGCACAGGAUUGUGGAUAAGUUAUAAGUAAUAAAGGCAAAUACUUAGAAUGUGAAUACGGAAGGUACUAUGAAACCGACCUGCCAGGGAAGGACCAUGGUGUGAGAGGAGAGGUGAGGAGAGGAGAGGAGAGAGCAAGAGUGAAUGUGAGUGUGCGGUUGAACACAUGAUCAAUAGGGAAGGAAUGUGCUGAGAGUGUAAGGACAUGUGAAACAAGGAAUAAAAGAGCGGAAGAUGAAA